AUGAGUCUGUGCUUGGGCUCCUGCUCCUGUACCCUGACCGGGUCUCCUCAGAAGGGCUCAAGCGGGUCGGAGGACGCAGCCCGCGCUGCAUGGUGCGGCGACAGGUCAUCCUCGGGAGCGCUAAUCGUGGCUGAUGCCUGCAGAUCUGAGAUCCAGAGCCCAGCACCGGCCUGUCAUUUAAACAUCUUCAGGCUAUUUGAAGACUUUGAGUAUUUUAAAGAUGGGGACAUUAUAAUUGGAGGAGUUCUCACAGUGAAUAAUCGAAUGGGUGGUUUUCUUUUUGGACAGGAUCAAAUUUUCCCCAUAAAUGUCUGUACCGACCCAAGCCUCAUGGAUUACAUCAAUUUACUGGUCUUUCAAUUCGCCAUUGAAACAUUGAACAACAACCCAAACAUUUUACCAAAUAUUACCCUGGGUUAUCAUAUAUAUGACUCCUGUUUAGAUGAAAGAAAAGCUGUGAAAAGCAUUCUUCAGAUUUUGUCUGGCCGCGGCAUGACCGUCCCUAAUUACUCUUGUGCGAAUUCUAACAACGUGGCUGGAUUUAUUGGUGAUCACCAUUCUAGUACUACCAUUCCCAUAGCACAGUUACUAGGGGUGUAUGGAUACGCACAGAUCAGUUAUGGAGCGACAGACUAUGCGCUGAGUGAUAGACGUGUUUAUCCACAUUUCUUUCGCUCUGUUCAAAAUUAUCUUGUCUAUCAUAAAAUUAUAAUGAAGAUUCUAAAACAUUUCGGAUGGACCUGGGUGGGAAUUCUCACGGUUGAUGAUGACACCGGAGAGACAGAGAGUCAGGCUCUGAGAGCGUAUCUGACAAGUUAUGGAAUUUGUAUUUCCUUCACUGUAAAAAUUAGUUUAUCACAAGAACUAUCUGAAAAUAUGAAAAUAAUGUCAGAAACUGUUUUAAUGUCAUCGGCUCAAAUUAUUAUACUCUGCGGCUCAUUCAGCAACAGAAUUAUUUAUAUUUUUAUUCUGUAUCUCAAACAUAAAGAUAGAACAUUAAUCCUUCCUCCUGCCUGGGCUUCCAAUGAAUAUCUCUCAGAUUACUUUGUAGAACCCCUGAGUGGCAGUCUGGCCAUAGAACCGCAUCCUCUAGCGCUGCCGGAUACCGGAAGUUUCUUUGAUAAUAUCCAUCCUUCAAACCGUCCAGCAGACAAGCUUCUUGAAGAUAUAUGGAUAAGGCAUUUUGGAUGUUUAUCAGAAAAUUCUUAUAAGAAUAUGAUUUUUGAAGAAAUCUAUAAAAUCUCUCUGUAUAACUGCAGUGGGAAACAUACAUUACAUGUUAAAAGUCAUCUGACGGCUGGUGUUUCUCCCCGGGUGUUUAUUUCAGUGAGUGCUUUAGUUAAAGCUUUGAACGAAAUGCACUUAGUUAACGAGAAAGCAAAAGGAAAUACAAUUCAAAACAUCUAUAAACACCAGUCUGCAUUUAAAAACAUUGUGGGUAACUUCACUGAGUGGGCUCCAGAGGGUCAGCAGCUCAUCGUUGACUCGCAUUCAGUAAAAUGGAGGAACAAGGACAACCAGAUUCCGAAGUCUCAGUGUUCAGAGAACUGUUUACAUGGAUUUCGAAAAGUUCUGAGACCUGGAACACAAACCUGCUGCUACGACUGUGUGCGGUGCUCGGAGGGAGAGAUAUCCAACAGAUCUGAUGGAGAGUCUUGCCAGAAGUGCCCAGAAAACCAGUGGCCAAAUGAGAAGGAUACUUGUGUUCUGAAACCCACUGAAUUUUUAUCCUUCAAAGACAAUUUGAUUGCAUUGGUUUUCAGCAUUAUAUCAGUUCUUAUGUCUGUUGUAACCUCCAUUAUCUUGGUUAUAUUUAUUUUGUACCGAGACACCCCAAUUGUUAGAGCUAAUAAUAUGAACCUCAGUUUUGUUCUCCUGGUGUCCAUCAUCCUGAGCUUCCUCUGUGUGUUUCUGUUCCUCGGUCGCCCUGUGGAUAUAACCUGCAUGAUGCGACAAACUGCUUUUGGAAUCCUCUUCUCGGUAGCUGUGUCUUCUCUGUUGGCCAAGACCAUCAUGGUCUGCAUCGCUUUCAAAGCCACCAAACCCAGCAGCAGGUGGAGAAAAUAUAUUGGAGUCAAAUUACCCAAUUAUGUUGUGUUUAUCUGUUCAUUUAUUCAGGUUGUCAUUUGCAUCUGCUGGUUGUCUAUUUCCCCUCCAUACCAGGAAAUGAACACUCACUCCUACCCUGGAAAGAUCAUUAUUCAGUGUAAUGAGGGGUCAGUAGUUGCUUUUUACACUGUUCUGGGGUACAUGGGCUUCCUGGCAGCUGUGAUUGCUUUUUACACUGUUCUGGGGUACAUGGGCUUCCUGGCAGCUGUGAGUUUCAUAGUUGCUUUCCUGGCCAGGAAAUUACCAGACAGUUUUAAUGAAGCCAAGUACAUCACUUUCAGCAUGCUGAUCUUCUGUAACGUCUGGAUCUCUUUUAUCCCGGCUUAUAUGAGCGUUAUUGGCAAAAACACAGUGAUUGUUGAGAUUUUUGCUAUAUUAGCUUCUAGCGCUGGAAUUCUGUGCUCUAUAUUUUUCCCAAAAUGUUUUAUAAUUUUGGUGAAUCCAAGCAUGAACACAAAAGGACGAUUACUAAAAUCAGGAUUUUAAGAUUCAUUUAUAGAGUCAUAUAGUUGGCCUCCUCAGUUCAGUAUUUGACCAGUAGCUAUAUUCCUCCAUGGCCACCUCUUAACUUGAUGCUGUAAUAGGUAAAUCCUGUCCGUCGGCUCUUCUAAAAGAUCCGGGGACCCAGAGGCCAGCAGCAUGUCCACCUACCUGGCUGUCUAAUGGGAUUUGAGACAAAGUGCCCAGUAAUGAUAUGUCUCAUUAAAGAUUUGUUGCUAUGGCCUGAAUGGCGACAAACAGUUAUAAAUGUAGAA